GAGGUCGGAUCCCGUGCCCUGUUUUACCUUGGAAUAGGAGAGCAGUUACAAAUUAGAAUGCUGAGGAGCAGACGAAUCCGAGAUUUUAUUAGUUGAUUGUCGGAUUCGGAUCCUAGAUUGUUUGGUAGAAACCGACCCGAGAAUAUCCCUGGCACACUACUAUGACAUCAGCGCUGGAGCCUCGAACGUAUGGCUAAACCUUUCCUCUGCUCCAAACGCCGCCUCUCGCGAUCAAUCAACACCGCCGCGGUAGUCGUCCCCAGUAUCAGCUGGAGCUCGCCGCCGGCCAGAUCCAAGAAGGAGUUCGCCUAUCUAUGCUCCAGAGGCCGUCUCCGAGAAGCACUGCAAGGCUUCCUCCCCCAGCUAUGGUCCGACCCCAACCUCUUCUCUCACCUCCUGAACGCCUGCUGCCUACUCCCUUCGCCGCGCUCCCUCCGCCUAGGCCGUCAGCUCCACGCAAUCAUAGCCAUCGCCGGCGCUGCCUCUUUCCACCGCUUCACUGGAAACCACCUUUUCCACAUGUACCUCAAACUUGGCCGGGUCCCCGCCGCCCGCGCCGUGUUUGACGCAAUGGCGUGCCGAAACGUCAUGUCCUUCAACAUCCUCAUCGGCGGCCUCAUCCACAACGGGGACAUCAACGCUGCCCGCAAGCUGUUCGAUGAAAUGCCGGAGAGGAACCUCGCCACCUGGAACGCCAUGAUUGCCGGGCUGGCUCACUUCGAGCUCGACGAAGAGGGACUCGAAUGCUUCCUGAGGUCGAGGAGGGAGGGCCUGCGUCCCGAUGAGUUUGGUUUGGGGAGCACCUUGCGAUGCUGUGCAGGAUUGAAGGAUGCAGGUUCUGGUCGCCAAAUCCAUGCCUUCGUGGUUACCAAUGGGUUUGAGCAGGACAUGUGUGUUGGGAGCUCUCUAGCUCACAUGUACAUGAGAAGUGGUCAUCUUGAAGAAGGAGAAAGAGUUCUGAAAGGAUUGCCUUUCCUCAAUGUGGUCUCUUGCAAUACUGUGAUUGCAGGAAGAGCACAAAAUGGGGACCCUGAAGGGGCCUUCCACCAUUUCAUCCUCAUGAAGAAUGCCGGAUUGUUGCCAGACCAUGUAACCUUUGUUAGCAUUAUCAGUGCAUGCUCUGACUUAGCUGCCUUAGCACAGGGGCAACAAGUGCAUGCACAAGUCAUCCAUGUUGGAGUUGGUUCAGUCACCCCGGUGAGGAGUUCACUGAUAAGCAUGUAUUCCAAGUGCGGUUGUUUGGAGGAUUCAAGCACGAUAUUUUCUGAAUCUGAUGCAUCAGACCUUGUGCUCUGGAGCUCCAUGAUUGCAGCCUACGGUUUUCAUGGACGUGGAGAGGAGGCUAUCAAGCUGUUUAAUGAGAUGAUCGGAGAGGGGACUGAUCCUAGUGAAGUCACAUUCCUAAGCUUGUUGUAUGCUUGCAGUCAUAGUGGCUUGAAGGACAAGGGCAGGGAGUAUUUUGAGCUCAUGAUUCAGAAAUAUGGACUUGCGCCUAAUCUGAAGCACUACACUUGCAUGGUUGAUCUUCUCGGUCGGUCUGGGUGUCUCGACGAGGCUGAAGCUCUGAUCAGGUCAAUGCCGAUGCCAGCUGACGGUGUCAUUUGGAAGACGCUGUUGUCUGCCUGUAAAACUCACAAGAAUGGAGAGAUGGCGGAGAGGGUGGCUGAGCAGGUUUUGAGGUUGGAUCCUCAGGACUCUGCACCGUAUGUCCUUUUAUCGAAUAUACGAGCUACAAGUUCUAGAUGGAGUGAUGUAUCUGAUCUAAGGAGAACGAUGAAGGAUAAGAGACUGAGGAAGGAGCCUGGAAUUAGCUGGUUAGAGUUUAAAGGCCAGGUUUAUCAAUUCACGACUGGAGGUGGAUCGAAUCCAAGGCAAAGCGAGAUCGACAUGCUGCUAAAAGAAUUGGUUGCUAGAAAGAGGGAGUUAGGAUACUUGCCAGACACCAGUACAGUCUUCCACGACAUGGAGGAAGAGGAAAAAGAGGCCACUUUGGCUCACCACAGUGAGAAGUUGGCCAUAGCAUUCGCAAUCCUCAGCCUGCCUUCAGGGAUUCCAAUUCGAAUAAUGAAGAAUCUACGCGUCUGCAACGAUUGUCAUGUAGCUAUCAAGUUCAUAUCCAAGAUCGCCGAGCGGGAGAUUGUGGUGAGGGAUGUUAGUAGAUUCCAUCACUUCAGAGAUGGGGAAUGCUCUUGUAGAGAUUACUGGUGAUUGGUGGCACAGUCUGAUCACUCGAUGUUGUAUCACUGCCUGAUACUUCAUUUCAUAUGUAUGUUUAUUUGUCAAUGAAUAUACAAUGGGAACUUUGCCUUGGGUUUCA